UAUCACUUGAAGUUUCUGGCGAUCGAAAAGAAGAUCCUCGAAAACUUUGAUGACGAUGAGGUUGAAGUGGUAUGUAGUUGCAGUGAUAAAAUAUAUUUUUUAUCUUGACGAAAGAUUUUUACCAUGAAACUCACAAAACUGUGAACAUCAGAAAUAUUUAUGGAAUGUUACUGUGUAGAGAGGAAAUAGCCAAUAAGGCGUGAGAAAACUAAACCGCUAACAGCGAAGGUAAUUAAUUGGUUUGUUGUUUGGAGGUUUUCUUGCAUGUCAUAAACUUUAAUUGUGAUUGGUCACUACACAAUCAACAUUCCUGGAAUUUUUCUGUUGUUUAGUGCAACUACUAUAACUAGGUCAACCCAGACAUAAUUGACCACUGUCUUAUAAGAUUACAGAAAACAAACAAUACGUUCAGAGAAAGUCAUUUGAGCCAAUACAGUUUCAAGGGUUGCCAUUAGUGAUGAGGUAAACAUAGACCUAUAUAAUGUGCUUGAACUUUUUUGAAUGCUCAUGGGUGACUUUACUAAGAGUCUGCCUUUUCCACCCUAAAUUUAGACUGGUUUAUUGUUUGAAAUUGGGUGUUACUGAACAUCAAGAUGCUGAGAGCAGGAUAACAGUGGCUCUAAAUGCAAAAGUUGUGCACCAAUGAGUGUAUCCUAUAUUGCUCUAGAUUCAGUUUUCUUUGUUUAGCCUUCAGACAUUCAGAUUAACCCAAAUUGUUAUAUUAAAAUGAACAUCAACUCACCAAACAUUGCUCCGAAGGGAGGACCAGUGUGCAAAGAAAGUCGUUGAAUAUAAAAUAAUAUAACCUGAGAUCAGGCCCAAUUUUAGCGGUUCUCAUACAUUCUCUCUAACAGCUACCGCUAAAAUUGGGCCCGAUACAAACUCUCUCACGUUUGUGCUCGUUACUGCGAGAUUUUGGCCGUAUUGCUAAUUGGCUGUUAGAACAAUGCCACAAGAUCUGAUUGGCUGUCGGAAACGCCGGAAGUUGAAAGCGCUUAUUCCUCGCGUGGUUGUUUUCGUGAAUUAUCUGCUGUCAGCGAAGAGAAAGGUUGAUUUUGCUGUCUUCUUUAUUGUUUUAUGUUCUCAUGGUAGGAAAAUAUGCCUUAGUAUGUACCAUGGAAAUUCAGAAAAUUCACAUGGUUGUUCAUAUCUCCUCUGGAUUUGCUUUAUUUACGGAACUAAUGUGAUUGUAUCGUGGAGUUGAAUCCCUCUGUAAGUUGUUGCCCGCUAACAAGGUGCUUUUUGAUUUACCAACAAACGAGUGCAGAUCAAAAUACUGUCCAUCUUAAAAGUGGUUUCAUUUGAAAGUUAAGCCAGGAAUGACUUUUCUGAAUGGGGUACACAAGCGGAGGCUCAUUGCGAAAGAAACCUCAAUCGCCAACUGUGAAGUAUUAGAUGAAAAACAUUGCAUGGCUGUGCAAGGAAUUUUUGUAGGCAUUAUCGUAAAAGCUGGUGGCGCUAGUGUUAAGGUAACAGACUUGUUGUUUGCCCUCGCUUUUUGUAAAAAGCAAACCAGGAAAACUGGUGUCCUCGCUUGUUUGGCUGUUUGCUGUUUGUUAAUUUCGAUUAAUAAAUUUAGCGAGCCAAGUUCUUAGACCAGCAGUAAAACAACAACACAACUAAGAAGAACUACAAAGUGUGUUUGUAAAAUUAAUAAAUUGUUUUUCGUUUUGUUUAUAGGUCGGUAGAGCGUGCAGUUUUAGAAGUGUCUGUUCGUUUUUCCAAAGUGGCAGAUAAUAUUUACUUGGAUUUAUAAAAAAAUGUUUUUUUAGACGUUUGUUUUUCUGGUAAAAUUCGCAAAUUGCAAGUGUAUGCAUGGGACUAAAUCAGCUACAUUAAAUGCACUUAAGAACUCGUUUGGUUUGUUCUGAGAUAAUUUAUGUAUCCUUUGAAACAGUUUGCGAUAUAUUUCUCCAAGAUUUUUAUAGAUUCAUGCACUGAAAAUCGGGGAAAAUUGCCGAGGAAAAUAUAAAGGCAACAGACAAAUAGACAUUUCAGUAUUUUUAAUUUGAACGUGCCCAGCCAAAAUAUUAAAACUAAGACGUCGUGUCACCGCCUUUGUGAAAACUCUUUACCUUCUACACCAACAGAAAUAACCCCUGAGAUUUCCUUUAAUCUCGCAAGAAGUUUAAUGUGAUUGUGCUGACCGUUUUAUUUUUAGUUGAAAAAAUUAAAAGAUAAAAGCUAUUUUUCAAGACAGUGAGUCUGUAUAUGGAACAAAUUUAACUUGUGCAUUUUUCCCUUAGAGUUGACACCUUUUUUUUUUAUUUUUGGGAGUUUCAAGAGAUGUCUGUUUUAGUUUAAUGAACUUCAUUUAAUUCUGAUUUAUUUUUCAGGAGGGGUAUGGAACACCAGAAACUACUGGCUGGUUGGAAGUGUCAGUAAAUGGGAAACUCAUUCAUUCAAAAAAGGUUGGUGUCGUGUGGAAUCUCUUCCCCCACUGGCUGACUAGUUAUUACACUUUGUCCUUAGAAUUCAGACCCAUUUUGUUUCUGCUUACUUAAACCACAGUUUUACAGUAUGAUAUAGUUGACUUCUGAUAACUUUAAGCUUGCAUUGAGUUGAAGCAGAAUUGAUUUCUCCUUGUUUUUCUUUCUAGAUUUACAGUAUUUUUGCCAUCAGUAACUCAAAACCUUGCUUACUUUGAGUUAUAGUACACCUUUUGCUGUUCAUUACGAGAAAAUACCCAAUCAUUUGCAUGAAACGGCGACCAAUAGUACAAAGAUACAUUCAUUAGCGCAAAAAUACAAACAUUUGCGCAUAAAUCAGAUUCAAUUUAUUACGAUUUUUGCAUUUUAAUCAACAUUCAAUAACACUUUUGGGCAUUCAUAUGCGUCAUUGAGCAUACAAAAGAGAAAAAUAUACUUUCAUUAACGCCAGCAUCAAAGUCAUUAACACCAUCUUGAAAGUCAAUAGGACAACUGACAUACAUUAAAGUGCAAACACUACUCAUUAACAUUUUUAUGACACUGUUUACAAUUCAACAGCAUUCCUGGACAACCUUAGGAUGGAUAAGACAAACAUUAAUGCGCUUGUACAAUCAAUUGAGUGUUCUUUACAUUUAAUAUACAAAAAUCGGUUUUCAAUUAAACAACAGAAAUUCAAACAAAUUUGGCCUGAAUUUCAGUCCUUUAAAUGUAUAUCCCUCAAAAACCUUGCUAUUUAAACAUUUGGGGAGGUAGGUUUGCAUGAAAGGGUACCCUUUAGCACAUUUAGCUGCGGUCACAAUGUCAUGUUUCUAUGCAGAGCUUCAAGCACUGCAAUUGUUGUUUCCGAACUCCACUAGUGGGAUUGCUAGGGCUUUGCCCUCAUUCCUGUUAUACAUCUGUAAAUUUCCGGACUCGAGAUGUCGGCCUGUGAUGUCGCUUCCUGACAACUUAAAUCCUUUUCAACGAUGUCGGGGGGGGGAAGCAUAAGCUGUGUACGUAUAGGGUGGGAAUGGCCAAGUCUAGGUGGGCUGGUAUCCCAUCAUACGCAAAGGCCUCCGACUUAUCGGGAUCCAUUUUUUCCUCGCCCGUGCCAGAAAGUCACCGAAAAACCGACACAGUAUUCUUUACUCCAGUAGCUGCCAAGGAAAACAUUUGAUAGGUAGGUAUUGCCAUGGUCAUAGUCAAGUUUCAUCCUCGUUGGCCGCACACUUUAAGGUACGCCCUCCACUCCUUGUUGCGCCCCACCAUGACUUCUGGCCGUCUAAGGUAAAUGUAUAGCUGCAGCCGUCGACGAACACACAGUGGCGAAGUACGGCGUGAUUCUUUAAACAAAUUCGAGCCAAUUUUGGGGGGGAAUUGGUAUUGUUUAAUUGAAAAUAUAUUUCAAUUGAUUGUACAAGCACAUUAAUGUUUGUCUUAUCCAUUCUAAAGCUGUCCAGGAAUGCUAUUGAACUGCAAACAGUGUCAGAAGAAUGUUAAUGAGUAGCAUAUUUUGCACUUAAAUGUUUGCCUUUUGUUCCUGAUGAUUUUCAAGAUAAUGUUAAUGACUCGAAUGUUGGCAUUAAUGAAAGUAUAUUUUCUGUUUUGUAUGCCCAAUGACGCAAAUGAAUGCCCAAAAAUGUCAUUGAAUGUUGAUUAAAAUGCAAAAAUCGUUAUUGAAUCUGAUUUAUGCGCAAAUGUUCGCUUUUUUGCGCUAAUGAAUGUAUCUUCGUGCUGUUGGUCACCGUUUUACGCAAAUGAAUGCGUAUUUUCUCGUAAUGAACAGCAAAAGGUGUAGUAACUUUUCAUUUCAUUUCCUAGCAGCUCUUUUCUUUAACAUUUUUCGAUUGAUCACUGGAGUUUCUUUGAGAUAGUGUUUUAAGUAAAACAUAACACUUCAUUCUGUUUAUUCCAUUUCAUUACUUCACUGAAAUGAAAUUGAGUAGAAUGAAAUAUGGAAAUGUCAAUAUUACUCUUGAUGCUUUUGUCAGAAAGUUAGCUGGGUGCGGUUGUGCUAAAAGCAAAAUGUUCUAUGUUUACUCCAUCUUCUUGGCAUAGUCAAUUUAGCACAUUUCUUGAAUAGCUUUUUAUCACAGUACAUACAGUAAAAGACCCUGCUACUUUAUGUUUGCCCAUAUUUGGUCCUGUCUGAGUCUCAUGCCCUUUACUUAACCUUUAACCUUUUGUUAAAACUGCAUUUUAUAAGGAAACUAGUGUUGGGAGUCAGUAGAGAACCGUUGUUAUGGCUAUGUAAUAAAUUGCGCCUUUCACACCAAAAAACUAUUUAAAGUGAAAUGGUUUGGUAGUUCAUUGGCGUUUAUAUAAUAAAUAAAACAUUACAUGGCUGCUUGGAGAUACAAGCACUCGUGAAAUAUUUUUCAACACUCGAAGAGAAAUUUUGUAUCCCUGCGUGGCCAUGUAAUAUCCUCCAUAUCAGUCGUCAAAAAUAAUUGGAUUGACCAAACUGAUCGGUCAUCAAUAGGGGCAAAGCCCAAAGGGCCUUGCCAAUUCUUUGCCUGGGUGUCAACAGGGCUCGCACAGUCUUGAAAGGUCCUUGAAUUUUAAGGGAAGUCCUUGAAAAGUCCUUGAAUUCCAUUUUUCCUUGAAAAGUCCUUAAAUUUCUGUGCAAGUCCUUGAAAAGUCCUUGAAUAUUCUUCAACUUUGAAUGUGGUGGCCUGGAAAGAACUAUUUGAUGCUUUUUGGUUGUCCAAGACAGAAUAUAAAUCAUAGCUAAGAGAAUUUAAAGGUUAUUUACAUGAAGUGCUCUAUGUUUUAUGCAAUAAGUAACUCUCAAUGAAAACUGUAGACAAGUUGGUAAGGAAACAGUUCAAACCUUUAAGUCUUAUUAGAAUAGACUGGGAAUGUGCAUUUUUGUACAAUCUUUGAAAUUAUAUUCCUAGUAGGUGGUCCUUGAAAAGUCUUUGAAAAAUGGUUGCAAUUAUUUGUAAGAACCCUGUGUCAAACCUAGUUGCCCUCCUGUUCAAAACCCUUAAUGAAACCUGUGCAAUAGUUUUCACAUUACUAGCUCCAAGAUGCUUUCUUUUACAUUACAAUAAAAUUCUGUCUGUUUUUAUUCUCAGAAUGGUGAUGGCUAUGUGGAUAGUGACAAAAAAAUGAAGAAAAUCAUACAAGCUGUUGAAGAUGCUGUGAAAAGCCAGGGAUGA